AUGUUAGAGACACCUGCCAAGAAGGCCACUGAGCCACAUAUUUACGAGCUAUAUGGACAACUAGAAAAGAAUAAUCCGCAUCAACCUCGGCUUUCCGGUAGUGAAGCUGAGACGAUUCGUCGCGUGUUGCGGUCAUUGCAAAAGCAUGAACGAGAACGUCUGCAAAAAGGAUUCAACCGCCUAAAUUUUACUGUCGGAGUCCUAAAUACGCUAUUGAUUGCUUGGGUUUUUGGUGCUCAUCCUGAGCAUUUCUGGUUGCUCUUUCUCGUCGAAAGUUCCGUCUUGCUUCCGCUCAAAAUCUAUCAAGACUAUACCGCGCGACCAAUGUGUCAGGUAUUUUACUAUCUGGACUACUGCUGGGUCAUGAAUUUUCUCAUUAUCCUUGCCUUCUAUGCCCUUAUGCUGUGCGGCGACCGUGUCGAUAUCAACCUUCGACACCAUAUGUUUACGGCUGUCUUGGGGGUUGGCUGUGGAUCGCUCUUAGGAGCGACCGGCAUUCUACCUUUUGCGGCAGUUGUCUUUCAUGAUAGUAGUGUUAUGACAUCCUUGUUUGUACACCUAGUACCGCCUAUGCUUCUGCAUACGUUUUUGUGGAAUCCCAGUCUUAUCUUGCAAACUUGGCCAACCGUGUUUCACUUCCACCAAGAAGAAGUCCGUAUGUGGCCAGGAGAAGGCUGGACAGCACCUUUUGUUCUACCGUGGAAUGCGCUCGGCACUGUGGUUGGGGAUACCAUGAUAAUUUAUUGGAUUUGGUUUGUUUUGUACGUCCUUUGGAUGUUGACGUUCGGGUUAGAAUUGACGAGAACCAAAAAGGAUCCGUCGGGCAAGAUUGUGGCGAAACCAAAGUAUGAUACUGUGUAUUAUUCGCUCUCGCGAGACUCCUUUCUUCUUGCCGCCGGGCAUUUGUGGGGUCGAAAAGUAGAAGUCACGAAACGCAUGAUUGUUGAUGGCGAGUACGAAUACCGUGACUUUGCGCUCUACAUGACGAUACAUGCAUGCUUGACGUUUGCUUCUACGGUUGUACUCCCUUAUGCUUGCCAAACAAGUAGAUACGUGCAUUCGGCUAUGAUCUGGGGACUUGUCUCGCUUUGCGUCUUUCGUGGAGCCAGUCGGUACGUGUACUGGGUGACGAGUUCCAGUAGUCGAGCUUUGACUCGAGAAUACAGAGAUAUACUAGAAUAUAACCAUAAUGCUAAAAAGAAACUCUAG